AGUCAUAUUCUCUCUCUCUCCCUCUCUCUCUCUCUAGUCUCUCAUCUCUCUCCCACACACAAUCUCUCUCACAGCACUAUCUCUCUCUGUAGAUAUACCAUUAUAUAGGGGUAUCAACUAUGCCACUCUACCCCUAUGAUCAUGAUGUUUGAUUGUCAUUUCCCAACAUCACUACCAAUUAUUUUUCCUCAUAUCUCGAAUUUUGUUUGAUACAUAAACAAAUCUCUUGUCUAUAUAUUCAUAUAAACAAACUGAAAACUGACAGAGUUUCAUCAAUGGGUAAAAUCUUUCUGAUCUCUUUGGUUUUUGUUUAGAUCAAAAAUAUCUUCCAAACAGUUGUCUUUUUCCUUGUAUUCCCUUCACUCUUUCCCCACUUCAGAUAUCCUAAAGGUCAAAACUUUGAUCAGAUCUUUCAAUUUCUCAACACAAAAAUCAAAAACUCACCAAAAAGAUUCAAACUUCAGCCAAGAAAUCAAGAACUUACCACAAAGAUUGAAACUUUAGCCAAGUACUUGCCAGAAAGGUUGAAACUUUAGCCAAGAAAUCACUAUAAAGAUUGAAACUUUAGCCAAGAAAUGCAAGACCCAUCAACUUAUUCUCAGAUCAAUCUCCAAUUCCCUGAGCAAGAACACUUGAAAUGCCCAAGAUGUGAUUCUUCCAACACUAAGUUUUGCUACUACAACAACUACAAUCUCUCUCAGCCACGCCAUUUAUGCAAGAACUGCAAAAGGUACUGGACUAAAGGGGGCACUUUGAGGAACAUUCCUGUGGGUGGGGGUAGCAGGAAAGUCACUAAACGCAGCUCAAACCCGAAAAAAUCGACAAAUUCUAAGUCUACACAGGAGAAACAAGAACCCCUUUCAGCUUCUGCAUCAGUGAUCAAUACUAAAGAUCAGGAUGGUUCUUUGCUUGAAAUUGGUGGGACUUUUAGCUCACUUCUUGAGGUGAAUAAUGGCCAGUUUGGGAAUAUGAUAGAGGGUUUGAAUGCUAGUGGAUCACCUAGUUUGCAAUUGGGGGAUUUUUCGCAGAAUCAGAGCAAUUCUGGGCUGGGAUCAAGCUUAGUUGCUAACCCUUUUGUUGAAUUUGGAAAUAACAAGGAUUCAGAGGGGUUUUUGGGUGUUCAACAUGAUCAAGAUUCGAGUUCUUGGAGCGGUACUAGUGGGGAUCCUGAUCUUGCUAUGUACACACCAGGUUCGAGCUUUUCAGUAGAUAAAAGUUUCAAUCUUUGAUGGAGUUACUUAUAUAAUCUUAUAUACAGUAUUUACUAAGAUUUCUCAUCUUGGUUUCGCUGCUAGUGAUGGUUGUUUUUUAAAGAAGCCUUAUCGUCUACUGAUAUAUUAUAUACCUAUACUAAUAUAUGUAAUGCAAGAACAGAUUAGAGAUGUGUUUUGUUAACUUUGUUGAAGAAAAACUCGAGUACUUGUUCUAAGUUUAUCACAUUGCAGUGUUACGGUUUGUAUGAACAUUUGCAACUUUAAAUUAUCACUGAGAAUGAUAUUGUGUUGUGAC